GUUGAAGGAUAUAACUUUAAAUAUUCCGAUUGUUCUGGAAAGAAAAAGGCUUUGAUUAUUGGAAUUAAUUAUACAGGAACAAAAUAUCAAUUAAAAGGUUGUAUUAACGAUGCUCAUAAUGUUAAAAAGUUUCUUUUAAGAAAUGGUUAUUCUCAGGAAAAUAUGGUUAUAUUGACUGAUACGGAUCCAAAUCCAAGAUCUGUUCCAACAAGAAAAAACAUGCUAGAUGCAAUGUGUUGGUUAGUAAAGGAUGCUUCACCCAAUGAUUCAUUAUUUUUCCAUUAUUCUGGACACGGAAGUCAAGUAAAGGACAUUGAUGGGGACGAAGAUGAUGGGUUUGAUGAAACCAUUAUUCCACUUGACUUUGAAGAAAAUGGGCAAAUUCUUGAUGAUGAAAUGCAUGAAUUGAUUGUAAGAACAUUGCCAGAAGGGUGUAGAUUGACAGCAUUGUUUGAUUGUUGUCACUCAGGCUCAGCAUUGGAUUUGCCAUACACUUACUCCACUAAAGGACUUAUUAAGGAGCCCAACUUAGUUCAAGAAGCGAGUGAGGGAUUAUUGGAAGUUGUUCAAUCGUUUUUAAAGAGUGAUCACGAAUCAUUUAUUCAAACAGUUCUCGAUAAAUUUCAAAGUAUUAUGAACCGUAAAGUUAAAGAUAUUGCAAGAGAGAAAACCAGAAAGACUAGAACAUCGCCAGCAGAUGUUAUUAUGCUAAGUGGUUGUAAAGAUGAACAAAAAAGCUCUGAUGCUAAAAUUGAAGGAAAGUCAACUGGUGCGAUGUCCUACGCUUUCAUGAAAGUCAUGAAUAGUGGCAAGCAACAAUCAUAUCUUAGUUUAUUAAGGAAUAUAAGAGAGAUUUUAAGUGGAAGAUAUAAAAAAAGACCUCAAUUAAGUUCAAGUCAUCCAAUUGAUGUUUCUCUUAAAUUC